AUGGCCAAUGUCACUUCUUCCAACGUGACUCAUGCCUCUCUUUCCAAACUCUUUCCCACUCCAUCUGAAAAUAUUUCCUCCAUUGCCAAUUCUUGUUUUUUCAUUGUUGUUUUUUCCAUUGUCCUUACUGUCAUUGGUUAUGUCAUGUUUAAGGCGAGAGAGUCUAUCAAGAGAAAUCACAAAAUUCUCUUCUUCUUGCUUUCAGUGUUCAUUUUGGUUCAAUAUUUUGGAUUGGUUUUUAGAUUGGUGUAUAAUGGAACUGGAUUGAGAGUGAAUCAAUUUGAGGAUUUGACUCGUGUGGAGAAUUUGAAUACCUAUCUUGUAGUCAUGUGGACAUUUUCAGCGAUGGAAAAUAUUUUGGUCGUUUCACAAAUGGCAACCAUUUUGUUGAUUAUGAGUUUUGUCAUUACCAUGUUCUUAAAAACUGCCAAGUUGGCAGGAGCAGUGACCUUCAAGAUGUACAGGAUUUUGUUUUGGGUUGCCACUGUCAUGGCUUUCUCAACCAUCAUUUUCUUUGCUCUUAUCAUUACAAAUGGAAUUGUCCAUUUACUUCUCAAAAUGAGAAUUUUCAAAGUGGAUCCAACUCCAAUUUUCAUUAUUAUCUUUGUCAUCUAUUCCACUGUCAUAAUCACAGAAUCUAUCUUAAUUAUAUCCAUUGGGGCUCGAUUAUUGUAUGUGAUUAGAAAACGAUCUCAAAAUGUGUCAAAUGUCAAAGCCAAUCCAUCGACCCAUGAGGCUCCAUCACAAAAACCUUACAUCAAAAUUGUUGGACUUGUCAUUGGAAUGGUUUUGAGCGCAUUCAUACAAAUUUUGUCAGCUGUCGUUUCCAUCUUCACUUCGUUAUAUUUUGGUUAUUUGCAUAUUAUUGAUUACUUUUUACAAUGUUUUGGAGUGUUGGUGUUUGCCAUUUUUGUAUUGUUGUUAUUCAAUCCUUUGAUUCAGCAAACGGAAGAAAAGGGAGAAAAACAAAUGGAGAUUCCUCAAGAAAAGAAGGAAAAGGAAUUCCAUCAAGUGGUUGAACAAAUAAAGGUGUAA